AUGGCGCAAGUAUUUGACAUAGCCAUGAAGAUCCCCGAGCGGAUUCGCAGCAUGCGCCAGGAGCGUCUGUCGUCGCUGCGUCCGCUGGGCGAGUUCUUUGACCACCAGCGCAUUUCGCGCCCGCAGGACACCAACGAGGCCUUCCAGCGCAUCACGUACAACACGCGCCACUUUUCGGGCAACUACGCCGUGGUGGUGGUGCUGCUCACCGUGUACGGCAUGAUCAACGACAUGCUCCUCCUCUUUGCGCUCAUCUUCCUCGUCGCCGGCUUCUGGGCCAUCAACCGCUUCGCGCCCGAACCCAUGCAGGUGGGCGAGCACGUCAUCACCCAAAAGAGCCUCUACACCGGCCUCUUUGUCGUCGGUGGCCUCAUGCUCUGGUUCGCCAGCCCCUUUGGAUUCGUCUUUUGGCUCGUCGGCAGCUCGGCCUUCCUCAUCCUCGGUCACGCCGCAUUCAUCGAACCCCCCGUAUCGAGCGAGUACACCGGUGUCGAGACCGUGUGA